CCGCGCCGUCGCGCAUGCUUCGACGCGGCGCCCUGCGCGCGUCCGCCUCGCUCCUGCGCAUGCGCUUCCCGCCGCGCGUGCGCGAGGACGGCGUCGUCCUCAGCACGCUCCCCGCCGCCGCGCACGCGCGCGAGCUCGCGCGCCUGGCGCUCGCGCGCUCGGACGCGUCGACGACGACGCCGGCGCCGCGCCGACGACCGCCGCGCGCGCUCGACGCCGAUCGCGUGCCCGAGGCGCUGCGCCGCGCCAGGCGCGCGCUGACGCAACGAGAGAUGGACGCGGUCGACAGCGGAGGCGCGGCGUAGCGCGGUUCACGCGUCGCGCGCGGCGACGGCGUCGGAUGUUAAUCGAAUUCAUCAAUCGAAUUCAUCAAUCGAAUGCGUCGACGUUCCGACGGUCGCGCGUCGUUUCGCGCCGCGGCGCGCGACGCGAAACCCGCGCGAUGGCGCCCGGUCGACGCGGAAACGCGCACGCGUAUCGGUUCGCCCUGCUCGGCGGGCUGUCGCUCGGGUACGACGUCGCGCUCGUCGGUGGGAUCCUGCCGACGCUCGAAAGGACGCUGGCGCUGAGCGCCGCGGCGCGAGGCGUCGUCGUCGCGAGCGCCAAGCUCGGCGGCGCGCUCGGUGCGUUCGUCGGCGCGGCGCUGAUGCGGAGCCACGGACGGGGGAGAUCGGCGUCGGCGAUGACGCUGGCGUGCUCGGCGUGCGGAAGCGCGGCGACGUGGGCGAGCGCGGAGGCGGGCGACGCGACCGGGAUGGCGCUCGGGCGCGUCGCGCUGGGCGUCGGCGUGGGAGGGGUGGCGGUGAUUGCGCCGGCGUACUGCGGGGAGACGAGCGAGGUCGGCGCGCGAGGGAGCGUGGGGGCGUGCUUCGAGUUGAGCGUGUGCGCGGGGAUGGCGUUGGCGAACGCGUUGACGUGGUUCUCGCCGCAGAAGACGCUCGGAUUGGUGCUUUUCUCGCCCGCGGUGCUCGGAUUUUGGAGCGCGAUCGUGUUCGCGAUGUCGGUGGAGAGUCCGAGGUGGCUUUUCAGGCGUGGGGACGAAAACGGGGCGAGGGACGCGCUUCGCGCGACGGGCGCGGACGCGGCGACGGUCGAGGAAGAAAUCGGGGAGAUUUUAGCGGAGGAGCGCGCGUUGGGGAUCGGAUUUGACGGCGGCGCGGGUGACGAUGCCGGAUUCUGGCGUUCAUUCGUCGAAAGCACGGUCGGAGGCGUCCGCGAGGCGAUGUCGGGAGACGAGAGACGAGCGGUUCGACUGGCGCUCGCGAUGGCGGUGCUCAACCAAAUGUGCGCGUCGACGAGCGUGAUCAAUUACGGCUCGAGCGUGUUUCGCAGAUUGGCGAACGAUGCGUCGGCGUCGAACGGCGAUAUGGACGUGUACAACAUGUACACGGGCGUCAUCAUUCUCUGCAAAACGGUUGGAGUGGCGGCGUCCAUCGCCAUGGUUGAUUCCGUCGGCCGGCGACCGUUGUUGUUGUUCGGUUCAGCCGCUUCCGGGUUCGGGCUGUGCGUUGCGUGUUUCGGCUACGCCGCCAAAAGCGUCGGAUGGACUCUUUUCGGUCUCUGCGCGUUCAUCUUGGCGUUCUCUUCGUCGUUCGCGAGCGUGUUUUGGGUUCUCGUCUCCGAGCUGUUCUCCAUGCGGGCGAAGUCGUCAGCCAUCGCGCUCGUCACGGCGACGCUUUUCGCGUCGGGCGCGCUCUCUGAUUCAAUCUUCCCGUCGAUGAUCUCCACCAUCGGCGCCGGCACGUUCGUCGUGUACGCCAUCGUGUGCUUUGCGUCGACGACUUUUGUCUAUCUUUACAUUCCCGAGACGGCGCGCAAGCCGUUGAAGGAAAUCCAGAGCGCGAUGAAAUCCGGCCUUUCGGGAUACGCCGAGAUUCACGCCUCGUCCGAGCACGAAGAUCGAGGCACUAGAGUAGAAUUAGCGGUGACUAGAGACACCAACGGCGGUUAAAACUUGGCCGAGUCGGUCGGGUGAGUGACCAGAGA